AUGGUCUACAAAGAUUUCAACAAGGCUUUCAGCGUCAACAAAGGUUGGGAAAUCCCUUCUACACCUCUUCCUCGUCCAUACGAGAUUCGCGAAAUCGCAGGAAAAGGUCGCGGGAUGGUGGCACUGCGCAAGAUAUCAAAGGGAGAAGUCAUCGUGCGCGAACUUCCACUUCUCGUUGCAGCCCGUGUGAUUACUUGCAUUCACGGUAACAAGUGGGCUAUGCUGGACGCCGGAUUGCUACAACUGCUCUAUUGGUUCGAGCCAGAAGACCGUGCUGCGUAUCUUUCGUUGCACAAUUGCAAGCCUGUAAACGAGUGUGGUCCACACACGGGUAUCCUCCGUACCAAUACAAUUGAACUUAGUUUCUCGGAGUCCGAUAUUUGUACGCAAUAUUCGGCAGUCUGUCGUGAGAUAUCGCUAGUCAAUCAUAGCUGCUCACCGAACACAAGCCAACAUAGUGACUCGAGGACACUCAUCUGCGACCUUCGUGCAAAGCGUGACAUCGUCCCAGGCGAAGAAAUCACCAUAUCCUAUAUUGACAUCGUACGUCCAACUACAGAAAGAAAAGCAGAGCUUAAAAUCAAAUAUGACUUUGACUGUACCUGUUCGGUAUGUGCCGGUUCGCCUCACAACCCUGCAAGCGACGAGCAGCGCAAGUUUAUCUCCGUUGCGCUGUCAUCCUUCAACUCAUCGUCAUCGUUCGAUGAAUGGAUAGAGAUGCCUCCGCGGAUCAGAAGCACGCGCACGAAACGCGACAUCAAGUACUAUACUGACGUCCUACGUGCGAUAGACGAGGAGCAACUUGACGCGAUCGCGCGUAUCCAGGUGACACAGCGCCUUGCGUAUAUGUUUGGUAUGCUUGGCGAGUGGAAGAACUUCAAGAAAUGGGCUGUGGAGUCGGAACGUCUUUCCAGCAACGAGCAUGCCGCGAUCCCUGAUGUCCAUAAAUUGUGGGCGGGCCGGCGGGCAGACCCAAGGAGCCUCCCUGGAUGGGCGACACUUUCAUAAAUUCAGUAGGUUUCUUUUGAUUUUCG